UCCAAUUUUCAACUCCUGAUUUUUUCCCAAAAAAGUUAAUCCCCUUUUCAUUUUUUUCAAAAGCAAAUUUCUGGAUCUUCAUUCUUAAUUAGCUGAAUUUCUACGGAAAAAUGAACGAAAAAAAGAGGAAAUUUCAGAGUGUUAAAAAAAUCAACAAUCAAAAUGACGACGAAGUGGAUAAAUUUUACAGGUUUAAUAUUCUUUUGCCGAAUGGCAUAAAGGUACCAUUUGUUAAAAAAAACCCAGAAAGGGAGAGUAUUUCUCUGGGUGUUUUUGUUCAAAAAUUGAGGGAUAAAUGCUCUGUUAUUUUGGAGCAAACAGAGUCUUCCAAGAAACCCAAGAGAAAAAUUUUAUGGGAUAGUAAUGAAUUGUAUUUGGAAGAUGGUGGAGGCAACAAAUUCAAGUCUGAAAUUCGUUUUGAUGUUUUUAAGCCCAAUAAAGUUCAUCUUUUGACGCUUUUUGAUGGAGCUGAUCAAACUGUUGAGACCUUUGAGAAUAUGUGGGACUUGACACCGGACACAGAUUUGUUGACAGAGCUCCCAGACGACUAUACUUUUGAGACGGCUUUAGCGGACUUGAUUGAUAAUUCAUUGCAGGCAGUUUGGUCAAAUGGUAAAGGUGAAAGGAAACUUAUUAGUGUUGACAUUGAUGAGAAGAGAAUUUCUUUAUUUGAUACCGGCCCUGGAAUGGAUGGAAGCGAUGAAAAAUCAAUCGUGAAAUGGGGCAAAAUGGGUGCUUCAGUUCACAGAUCUUCGAAAAAACUUGCUAUUGGUGGAAAACCUCCGUUUCUUACGCCUUUCUUUGGAAUGUUUGGCUAUGGCGGAACCCUGGCAUCUAUGCAUUUAGGAAGGCAAGCUGUAGUUUCCGCGAAAACCAAACAGUCAAAGAAAGUUUUCUGGCUUUGUUUAGAUAGAGAAGCUUUGGUAAAGCGAUCUAGUUCAAAUUGGAAGGCUCCUGGUGGUCUGCGAGAUCCAUCAGACAGCGAGAUUGAAAUGUCACCUCAUGGAAGUUUCACUAAGAUUGUUAUGAAGCCCAAGUUGAAGCUCCCUGAUAUAUUUCAACUGCAAUGCAAGCUCAAGGAUAUCUAUUUUCCUUACAUUCAAUGUGAUGAGAUAUCAACGGCAGGGAGGACUACAACAUUGGUGGAUUUUCAGAUCAAUGGGAUCAGUUUAGCUGAAAUUGAAGGCGGGGAAGUUGCAAUAACACAUAUGCAUUCUUGUAAUGGCCCAGACUUUAUUGUAGACCUUCAUUUUUACAUUGAAGAGGACAAGGCUGCAUCUACAUCUCCAAGUGUAAAACCAGUUCGUGAAGGAAACGCGCGUUUGAAGUGUGUUUACUUUCCCUUUACUGAGGGAAAGGAGAGUAUAGAGAGAAUAUUGGAAAAACUGAAUGCUGAUGGUUAUGCCAUAAAUGAAGACUAUGACACUUUUAGUCGUAUAUCCAUCAGGCGGUUGGGCCGUUUGCUUCCUGAAGCUCGAUGGGAGCUCUUACCUUUCAUGAAGCCUAAACAGAAAAGGGGUGCUAAAGUUCAAAUUUUAAAGAGAUGUUGCUCAAGAGUUAAGUGCUUUGUUGACACAGAUGCUGGAUUUAAUCCAGUACCUUCGAAGACUGAUCUAGCACCGCAUCAUUCUUUCACCAAAGCAUUGAAAGAUCUAGGAGGUGACACUCUUCAUAAAGAAAAAGUGGUACAAGUGAGCAUUACUAGAGGUGGAAAACAAUUGAGUUUGCAACAAUUGGAAAGAGAAUACCAAGCAUGGAUUUUCCAGAUGCACAGUCAAUAUGAUGAUGAAUGCAAUACUGGUGAUGAUGAAGCUGUUCUGCUUGUAACUGCUGACAAAGAGGCGCUUGGAAUCACAGCUGAUGUUGUGAGGGUUCAUCAAGCUAUAACUCGGAAGGGUAUAUCUUGGAGUAGGGGACAAAAAGUCAAGAUUCUCAAAGGGGCUUGUACUGGUUGUCAUAAGAACAACAUGUUUGCAAUAUUGGAGUAUUUUCUACUUGAAGGCCUUGAAAAGGAAGUAGGUGGAGAGGCGCGUAUUAUAUGCAGGCCGUUAGGUGUUGAGGAUAAAGACGGUAGUGUGCUUACAGUUGAUGCUAGUGGCACGAACUUGGAACUUCGCAACUCUAUAUCUCUGCCUAUCAUUGCGAUAGACUCAGGAAAGUGUAACCCUGUUGAUGACAAUGAAUGGAAUUUCCAAGCUGACAAGCUAAUUCUAAAAAUGCCUUCAACAGUUGAAGUUUUGGGACCAAAGCAAUGCAAAGCAUUAGAUAUUUACGGGGCUUUACCUACAGAAGCUACAGUUUCUGCUGGAUCAUUGCCUCCUAAAGAAGUUGUAGCUAUACUUCGGCCAUCAAACUUCAAUCCAGGAAGUACAGACGAGUUGGACCAAAAAUAUAUUGUAAGAGAAAAUUUUGAGAUGUGUCUGGACAUAGAGUUCAAAGCUGGAGCUGGACAAUCCGUCAAGUUUGACCCAAUUUCUGCGAAAAAUACAACACGUAAAGAAUAUCAUGGUUUGUAUGUAUUUCCAGUGGCUUCCAUUCCAAGUUUAUUUCAAAAAGCUGGGACAUAUUCGUUUUCAUUCUCCCUUAAAAAUUCAACCACUGUAAGUUGUGAAAAGAUUGUGAGGGUCAAAGCAUCAGCUGAGGUCAAACGUUGGGAACUCUUGAAGGAUGAUGAUAGGGAUCUUCCAUUGAGUGUUAGUGCAGGUUCUUGUUUCCCACCACUCUCAUUUUGCCGUUAUGAUGAAUAUGACAACAUCAUUCCAUUCAAGGGUAUCCAACAUGUAGAAUAUCAGUUAAUGUCAAAUGAUACUAUCAUAUCCUCCAAAAAGAAAGCGAAAGUGGAACUGUCAUCAGAUACGGAUUGUAUCAUUGUUACGAAUGUGAGGGUUAUAGCUGAUACUUUAGACAAGAUUCGCCCAAGUUAUGAUGCUACGUUGGCUUUGUCUCAGCCUGGUUAUCAGCCCUUCUUCAACAUUCCUUGCCAAGUUUUUCCUGGACCUCCAGCAACUGUUAAAAUUUUUUCAUCAGUACCAGACAAAGGGUUACUACUUCCGCAGCAAGUUAUUGCAGAUUUUAAAUUGGAGAUGUUUGAUAAACAAAAGAAUCAUGUCAAACAAGGCGUUGAAGUAGAGUUGGUCGUUCAUGGAUUCUCUUUACUUGAUAACUUUGGUCUAAAGCGCACGGUUGAUAAUGCGGGUUUUGUUGAUCUUAGUGGCCUCUUAAAAGUCACAGAAGGCUAUGGUAAACCAGUUUCUCUGACAUUCAAGUUCAGUACUUUCAGUGUUGCCAAAAAGUUUGAAGUUGUAAAGCGGGAGCUGAGGAUGGUGACAGUGGUACCUGAGGUUUGUCCUGUGGGUUCAAAGUUAAAAGACAUUGCUUUUGAAGUUGUGAAUGCUGAAGGUGAAUUAGACCUAACCAUCGACGAUGAAGUAAAGCACGGAAAACAUCACACUCUAAGUCUAAGAUUAUUGGCAGAUCUACCAGACGACCAUUCUGCAAGAUAUCCUUUUCAGCAGGGGCGAUGCGUUGUUAAAUCGUUUACUCUUCCUCAGACAGAAGGAAGUUUCUUCAUUGAGGCUUUUCAUUCUGUCCACACGGAGCUGCGUGUCAAAUUUGAGGUUAAGCUAUCAAGAUCUACACCGCCUACACAUACAGAGUCUGAUAGCUCUUCUGAUCUCCGAGCUACAGAAGAGCUUGAUUGUGUUGUACCACAAUCUUCGGAUGAGAGGUCCACAUCCGUUUCAGUGUCUGAUGCUGAAUAUCAUUCGAAAACCAAGAAGGGGUUUGAGUUUCAGAAAGAAAAGUCCACACCCGUUUCAGUUUCUGAUGCUGCAAAGCAUUCGAAAACCAAGAAGGGGUCUGAGUUUCAGAGUUCAGAGGUAACUGUUCCACUAUGUUUGGAAGAGUAUGAUACAUUAUCUUCCCUCCAAACUCCAAAGGCGGAGCACAGAAAUACCACACCUGCAUUAUUUCCUGAAUCAAAGUUGCGCAAACAGCAGUUUUCUUUUGUUCAGGCUCCCCUUGCACAAACAUCAAACAAGAAGUCUGGUUCAAAUUGUGCUGAUUCUUAUACGCCUGAGCAUGCUGUAACUCUGCUGGGACCUGAUUCACAGGAGAUUGAGACCGUUCAACAAGAAAUUCGCCAUCAUAAGUUAUGUAUUAAAGACCAUGAAGAGUCUUUAAUUUGGCCUGAGGCGCGCAGGAAUGAACUUAUGGAAAACUUGGGAGAUUUACAAGACGAAUUGGAACUGCUGCCACAGCCGUCAUCACUAAUAGAUAGCAAGUUUUUGAAAGAGUCGGUGCUGGAAAUAAUAGAAAAUAAGGUUGAUUCAGCAGCUGCAACUUACAACAUUGCUUCCCAAAACAUGUAUCUGAAAGAUCGGUACCCAGACUUCAUGGCUGAUGUGGUUGGCGUUGUUGCCCUUCUUUCAACAGCCCCUUCACCUAUGCUUAGUCGUUGUUUGGCCGAGUAUUUGGGAGAAGAUAAAAUGAUGGCCAUUGUCUGUCUAUCUAGUGAUGCUAUAACAACACCGGAGAAUUAUGAAACUGUUCUGAAGUCCCUAGCUGGAGAGCUGGGAAGAAGCUUUGAAGGCCGUCAACUAAUUAUAUGUCUUGAAGAUAUCAGUGCAUUUCCUGGGGAAGUAUUAGAACAUGAUCACCAAAGAAGGUUUGAUGUACGGGACCCUACUUUACCUGAUGGAACAACUCCACCGGGUUUCUUAGGUUAUGCUGUCAAUAUGAUUGACAUUAGUGUUGAUCACAUUCAUGUCAAGACAGUUGCAGGGCGUGGCCUCCGUGAGACCCUAUUUUAUUACCUCUUUCGGGAUCUCCAAGUGUACGAAACAAAGGAGCACAUGAAACGUGCAUUUGGGUAUAUACCGAAUUCUGCAAUAUCUCUAGAUGGAGGCAUCAUCAACAAGAAGGACACGCCGACAGUCUCGUUAGGGUCCAUGGUUGUGAACGUGCAUUUCCCCGUUGUUGCUGAGGAGCAAGAAUCUAGAGAGAAGAUUAACAAGGAGAUUAAAAAAUUAAAAUCGGAAUUGAGCAUGGUGGAGGAAGCCAUAGUCAACACUAAUGAAGAAAAGGAAGAAAGUUUGAGAAUAGUUCAAGAAAAAGAAACUCAGUUGCUGAAGUUUAUUGAUGAUAAGGAAGUGACUCAUGAACAUAUUUUCUCACAGCAGUCCUUGCAGACAACUCCUGGAGCGCCCGCGCCUACACAAAGUCCUUGUCAUUAGUUUUAGUAUCGGAAUUUCAGUUUAGUUUUUUGAUGAGCUACAAAUGAUCAACAGCAGAAAGAAGUUUGUUUUGUACUGGUAUGUAAAUUGGUAUUGGUACGCGAAGGCAUAGGUGUCUAAGCUUGUCGUGGUCAGGUGGAGUAAACGAGACUUUGUCC